GGGUCUUCUAGUGGAAGAAUUAGAAGAACCCCACAUGUAAAGAUUAAAGCUUUCUAAAUUUUAGGAGGGGAAAGAAGAAAGAGUGAAUGAAAUGCCCAAUUGGGUUUGAUGAAUCUUCGUCAAUCCCUUUGGCGUUAUGACAAAAAUUCUUCAAAGUUGUACGCUUGCUUCAUGUUUGACUUUGAAUUUGCGUACAGUUGAAGAACACCUGUAUUCUUAGCUUAUUUGUCUUCCUAUUUCUUACCACGUUAAACAAAAUUCCCCAGCUUUUGUUUUUUAUAUUUCAAAUUUAUUUUUGAGGGUUGUAGGUGUGAUAGAUUCUUCUUUGGAGUCAAAAGAAUAAAAGGUGUCACUGUUCUUCCUUGUUCUUUGUCUUCUUCAAUAGAUUAUUCAUUCUCAUACACAAAAAAGAGAGAAAAGAAAAAAGGAAAGAAGAAAAGGGUGAGAGGGGGAAUAUAUAGCUUUAUACAGACUGGAAAAAUUGAAACUUUUUUGGUUAAUUUGGAGAUCUUGUCUGAUCUAGUUCUCUUCUGCAGUCUUCUUCCACCCUUUGCUGCAGGAUUUUGGUUUGUUUGAGGUGGAAACCUUGUUUACCAUGAGCAGAUAACGUUCUGCAUUAUGGAUUGGAUUAAAAAAAUAUUUAAAGGCUGUGCCCAUAAAUUUUCAGAGGGGCAUCAUCAUGGAAAUUAUGUGGAGGAUCCUCAUCCCCAAUUUAAUGCUCCUUCUGUCUCAGGGGAUGCAUGGCAGGAGCUGGAGAAUGAAGAUGUAGAUCGUGCUAUUGCCCUAUCCCUGCUAGGGGAAAGUCAGAAAGGGAGAAAGGUAAUAGAUGAUGAAUAUCAACUAGAGGAAGAUGAGCAACUUGCUAGAGCCUUACAAGAAAGCUUGAACUUUGAACCUCCUCCCCAGUAUGAAAAUGCAAAUAUGUAUCAACCUAUGCCAGUCCAUUUUCCGAUGGGAUACAGGAUAUGUGCUGGUUGCAAUACUGAGAUUGGUCAUGGAAGAUUUCUAAAUUGCCUGAAUGCAUUUUGGCAUCCAGAAUGUUUCCGUUGCCAUGCCUGCAACCUUCCAAUUUCUGAUUAUGAGUUCUCUAUGUCUGGGAAUUAUCGUUUUCAUAAAUCUUGCUACAAGGAGCGGUACCAUCCUAAAUGUGAUGUCUGCAACGACUUUAUUCCAACAAACCCUGCUGGUCUUAUUGAAUAUAGGGCACAUCCUUUUUGGAUCCAGAAGUACUGCCCUUCUCAUGAACAUGACGGUACUCCACGGUGCUGCAGCUGUGAGCGAAUGGAGCCACAAGACACAGGAUAUGUUGCCCUUAAUGAUGGACGGAAGCUCUGCCUAGAGUGUCUGGACUCUGCAGUUAUGGAUACCAAGCAAUGCCAACCCCUUUAUCUGGAUAUACUAGAAUUUUAUGAAGGUUUAAAUAUGAAAGUGGAGCAGCAAGUUCCAUUACUCCUGGUUGAAAGGCAAGCUUUGAAUGAAGCCAGAGAGGGAGAAAAGAAUGGCCAUUAUCAUAUGCCAGAGACUAGAGGACUCUGCCUCUCUGAGGAACAAACUGUCAGCACUAUUCUAAGGCAACCAAGAUUUGGGACAGGAAAUCGAGCCAUGGACAUGAUAACAGAGCCCUGCAAACUGACACGUCGAUGUGAGGUGACUGCGAUCCUCAUUUUAUAUGGCCUGCCAAGGUUACUAACGGGGUCAAUCUUAGCCCAUGAGAUGAUGCAUGCAUGGAUGCGACUUCAAGGUUUCCGGACUCUUAGUCAGGAUGUUGAGGAGGGUAUUUGUCAGGUGUUAGCACACAUGUGGUUACUUAGCAAACUCGAAUAUGCUUCAAGCAGCAAUGUUGCAUCAGCUUCAUCCUCUGCUUCUAGUAGAUUACAAAAGGGCAAAAGACCUCAAUUUGAGGGGAAGCUUGGGGAGUUCUUCAAGCACCAAAUUGAAUCAGACACUUCCCCUGUGUAUGGAGAUGGUUUCAGAGCAGGCCAUCAGGCAGUUUAUAAAUAUGGUCUUAGAAGAACCCUUGAACAUAUUCGGAUGACUGGGAGGUUCCCUUACUGAAAUCCCAAGUCCCAAAAUUCCCAAAAACAUGCUUCCCUAUUCUUUCAAAGAGUUAAAAGCUGGGCCUUUUCCUAUUAGAACCAAAGGCCCCAACCACAUAGGAUCAUAUCUCCACAGAGUAGAUUUUAGAAGAACUACCGAUGUUCAUUCCUUGUGGCUCUCAGUGCCACCCUUCAUUUUUAUAAAUUUUUAGUUUUUAAAA